AGAAGGGUUGUCGACAGGGAUCUUUUGGUGCAAAGGAUCAGCUGUUGAUCGACAAGCUGCUUACCGAAGACUGUAAGACCAGGCACAAGAGCUUGAGCAUGGCUUGGGUGGACUACCAGAAAGCCUAUGACAGCGUGCCACACAGUUGGUUGCUCCAAUGCCUUCAGAUGCAUAACAUCAGUCCAGUCUUGUGCAGGUUCCUGUCAUGUGUGAUGAAGAGUUGGAGGACAUCGAUGGUGCUUUCUUGCGGGAACAGUAUGAUCAAGACAAGGCUUAUGCAGAUCAGGAGGGGUAUUUUCCAAGGUGACUCACUUUCUCCACUUCUCUUCUGUAUGGCUCUCAAUCCUCUGAGUAAGGAGUUGAACAGAACCGGUUACGGCUACCGGAUGACCACUGGGCAUGGUGAGACUGCCAAACGUCAGCUCAUCAGUCUUCUACUUUACAUGGAUGAUCUGAAGCUGUGUGGCUGAUCAGUUGGAUGGGUUGUUGCACACAGUUCGUACCUUCUCUGAUGACAUCCAGAUGAAGUUUGGUCUAGACAAAUGUGCUGUUGCACACUUUGUCAAUGGCAGACUAUCUGGACACAACUCUGGAGUGACGGUAAGAAAAACGGACACCAUCAACUGUCUGGAACCAGGUCAAGUCUACAAGUACUUGGGUGUAGAUGAGAGUAACGGUAUUCAGCACAGCAUGAUGCGGGAGAGACUCCGUCGUGAGUACUUCCGCAGAGUGAAGGUGGUUCUCCGGACUGAGUUGUAUGGUCGGAACAAGAUUCUAGCCAUGAAUGGGUUUGCACUACCGGUUCUCACUUAUGGUUUUGGCGUCAUUCAUUGGGGGUGCACGGACCUGCAGCAGCUUGAUCGACGGACCAGAAUGCUCCUCUCUAUGCACGGUGUUCACCAUCCUUCUGCAGACGUUGACCGACUGUACGCUCCUUGCAGUGAUGGGGGUAGGGGGUUACAACAGUUUGAGUCGACGUUUCAAUCUUGUAUUGUGAGGCUGAACUUUUACAUUGCUGACAGUUCUGAUCCUUUCAUACAGAUGAUAUUGGAGUGUGACUCCCGAAAAUCUUCACACUCGAUCAAGCGCAUGGCUUGUCGCUUUACUGUACAGCUACGGAUGAGUCUUGCUUCGGACGACAAGUCGCAGAGCUUACACAGGAAUGCAUCCAUCUCGGUUGAAGAUGUUGCAGUUCUCUUCGUGUGCGGUCCUGGAGCGGGAAGCUUAUGCACGGGCAGUGUCGCCAUCUCACUGAGCAACCACCUGUGGACAUGAAAGAGACCUAUGGAUGGCUAAAGGCAGCGAAUCUUCCUGCUGCAACUAAGGGACUGGUUGUUGCUGCUCAAGACCAAGCUCUUCGGACUCGGUACUAUGAGCGCAAGAUUCUACAUCGUGAUGUCAGUCCUACUUGCCGCUUGUGCAGUAUAGGCCUGAAAACAUUUAAUCACAUUGUGGCAGGCUGUAGUAGUGCCUUGGCACCGAUGGACUACACAAUCAGGUGGCCUCCAUUAUCCACUGGAGGUGUCGGUUCCAGUGGAGAGCAGAUGGUACCGACAUCAUCCUGAUAGGCUUGUGAAGACGGAUGACAUUACUAUGAUGUGGGAUACCACCAUCCCCACUGCCAAGAAGAUCAAAGCCAAUCGUCCAGACAUCUGUCUCAGAAAUAAGAAGGCAAACACUUGUCUUCUUAUUGAUAUCAGCUGUACUGCUGAUGGCAGCAUUAGCAAGAAACAUGCCGAGAAUUUGGUGAAGUACAGCGACUUGUGAGUGGAGAUAAGCUGCAUGUGGCAUUGUCGAACACUGGUGGUUCCAGUGGUCUUGGGAGCUUUGGGCACAGUGCACGCUGGUAUUGCACGGUGGCUGGACAUUAUUCCAGGUCAUCACAACCUGCAGCACUUACAGAAAACAGUGCUUCUGGGAUCUACUCGGAUCCUUCGUAAAGUCAUGUCUUCUUUCUAGACAGCCUUG